AGCCAAGUGCUAAGUUUUUGCAUUGCAAUUUUGUUAAUUGUUUGCCUCAUGUAGAAGGCACUUGUAGCACGUAAAUAAUAAUUAUGCCUGGCACAGUUUUAUUACACUUGUAUCGGAGCGCACAGUAUGACAGCGAAUACGCUGAAGAGCACGCCGCACAGGAUACGCCGGAUAGGCGAAAGCCUGCAGAUGUUGACGCAGGAGGCUCGACGCACAGUUGUGCGUUAUGAGUAUAUCGUUAUAUGUCUCAUGGUGCUGGUGGCGAUCUUUUCGAUUAUCUGGAGCGUUUCCUUGCACAUGUUGUCGGGCGAUUUCAAUGCGGGAAUCAUCAGUGCCAAAAUAACGUUUAAGGAUCGCGACUAUGAUCAAAUGAAUGCGAAGAGCAUAGAGAUUAUCAAACAGGAUUUACAGAGUCUGGGACAACUGUCGUAUGAAUACGAAGAGACGCCGCAACCGCUGAGGAGCGACAGCCAAACUAAGAAGCCAAAAUACAAAUUCGAACAUAUCUACGAGACGAAGGACAAUGCGCCACUGCUAGCGCGUUUGGUCAGCGAGCAGGAGCGAGCACAGGAGGAUGCAACAACCACGACAAAUGCACCGCCCAAGAUAGUGCCGAAUGCUGAAGCGGAUCUCAAAUUUCUGUCUAGCCAGUCUAUAGACACACAUGGCACUCGCUGGAGUCACGGCUUUGGCGCUCAAUUUGUUUACGCCUUUCCACUGAUAUCGGAAAUUGUGGCCAUUAUCUGGACGGCCAUGUGUCUCAUCUAUCAAACGGGCAGCAGGAAAACAUCUGUCCUGCCCAAGCCUUGGCGCAUUGUCGUGCCCUCCAUAUUGAUCUUCUCGCUGAUGAGCCUGGGCAGCGCUGCCUAUACGAUACUGACCAAUGGCUAUCUGCGCCGGCUGUGCGGACAACUGCGGCAGAGUCUCACUAAUCCACUGGCCAUUAGUUGUGGAGAUGCCAUUGCUCUGCUGCGUCCGCGCAUUCACGAGCACAGCGUCUCGCAUGAUGCGUAUCUGGAUCUGUUUCGCUGCAGCUACAUCAUCAGCAUGAUCUUGUGGUUCCUGGCCCUGCUGAUCAUGGUGCUGCGCUAUGUGUUCGCCAUCGAUUUCCAGCUGGUUGACAUUGAGGACAUGUUCGAUCGUCCGCUACAGCCGGUCUACACGGAGGUGCAGCAAAGCAGUCCACAGCACAAGCAGCAGCAGCUGAGGCCCAGGUCCGAGGAUGAUUUCCAGAGCGCCAAGUCGCGACUCAGCGAUAUCACAGUGCCGCUGCUCGAUGCGAAGAGCCACGAGCAACAACAACAACAACAAAUACACUUAACAACUGUCGCCUAAGCCUUGACUUUGUCACAAGCGCAAGCACAUCAGAAAUCUCAGGUUUAUUUUUAUACGAUUCUUUUAGCGAACAAAGCCGAGCUCCCAAGAGCGCAACUAGAACAGAUUGAAGAAGAAGACAUAGCAUCGGCAUGCCGAAGCUUAAAUAUUCUUGCAGAAGCCAAAGUUUCUUAGUUUUCACACUUUUAGAAAGUAUAAAAGUAAUAUCAAGUACCCUAUCUAACUGCCAAAAUGCGAUAAGCUUUCUCUAUCACGUAAGCCCUCUUAUAUGAGCGCCUUAUCAGCAUUGAAGUAUUAUUGCACGUUUGUUGUUAUAGAAGUAAUCAGUUCUUAAUUUCAAAUUUAUAUUGCUUUCAAAACAAAAGGCGGAAAAUAUUUUCAUUGCGGAAUUUUGAAUUGAAGCGAUUGAAAUAGUCUCAGUUAUAUGAUCUACCACUCCAUUGUGAUUGGGUUUAUUAAAUAUAAGAUAUUGGAAAGGUAUCAAAAUUUUGUAUAGGUAAACUCUUGCA